AGUGAAUUUUAGGCGUGAAAAAGUCGCAAAAAGCGCCCCUUUCCAGCUCUAAGUGGUGUGCAAAAGUGUUGUGGGUGCGAAGAUGGGUUGCUUCUCGAGUAAAUCGAGCCCUGGGCACGAGCCCACGGCGGACCGCGGCUGCACUGAUGUCUGCUGGCUGUGCAUCUACGUCUUCUUCUGGAUUCUCAUGAUCAUCGUUGCGGUGUUCUCCUUCGUCUACGGCAAUCCCAUCCGCCUCAUCAAUGGCUACGACUCCUUUGGGAACACCUGUGGCGUGCGGAACAACGAGAAGUUCAGCGAGAUUCCACUGUCGGGCAUGAACACGGCCGACAAGCCGUACGUCUUCUUCCUGGACAUGCGAGAGCUGCGCCAGACGCUCAAGAUAUGCGUGAACAAGUGUCCGGCGCGCGAAAUCGGCUCCAAGAACGAUCUCUGGGAAGAGCACCAGCGGCGCGGCAACAGUCUGUGCCGCUACGACUUCAACAUGUCCCUGCUGCUACAGCCGGAACCACGCGAGGCGCAGUACAACCACCUUCUGGGUCCCUGUCCGCCGCUACCCGUCUUCGAGACCACGCCCGUACUGCAUCGCUGCGUGCCCACGGGCAAGAAUGCGCCCGGGAAGCAAGUGCGCGACGCCUACGACCUGCUCAAUUCCUGGGGCACCGCGCAGCAGCUGCUCAGCGACCUCUACACCACCUGGCCACUCAUCGUGAUGAUCUGCAUCCUGGCGCUGGUUCUAUCCAUCGUUAUGGUUGCAAUGUUGCACUGGCUCACGAAGAUCGUCUCAUGGAUCAUUUGCCUGUUUGUCGCGCUGUCCAGCAUCGCGCUCACGGCCAUUCUGUGGUGGACUUAUUAUAGCAUCAAGCACAAGCACGAGGUGGAGACCAAGUAUUCCCUCCUCGAGGAGCUACUGCGCAACGAAACUGCCAUUUACUCCCUCGCCAUCAUCGCCACACUCGUCAUGAUCUUCCUCAUCAUGGUCAUCUACUUCAUGCGCACGCAACUGGGCGGAUUGUCAGCGCUCUUUGAGGAGGCUGGCAAGUGCAUGCUGUCAUUGCCGGGACUCGCCGGGCCGCCUCUGCUGGCCUUCCUGGCACUCAGUAUCUUCCUGGCCUUCUGGGUGCUCGUGGUGAUUUGCCUGGCCACGGCGAACUACCCGGGAAAGAACUCUCUGCUGCCCUUUGCUCAACUCAUUUCGCACAAUGAGAGCGGCGUGGCGAGUGUGGAGAAGAACCAUACAUCUCCAGACUUCAAAUCUUUGAAGGUGGUCGAGUAUUUGGACGCCGACUGGUUGAAGAGGAUGCUUUGGCUGUAUUUGAUCGGACUGAUUUGGACCAGUGAAUUCAUCUUCGCAUGCCAGCAGCUCACGCUGGCCGGCGCUGUGGCGUUCUGGUAUUUCGGCAAACACAAGGAGAGCCCCGUGUUGGUGGCCAUGAGCAAGUUGGUGAAGUACCACAUGGGAUCAGUGGCGAAAGGUGCUUUCCUCAUCACCAUCUUCAAGAUUCCGCGCCUCAUCCUCACAUAUCUCUACGCGAAACUGAAGCGCGGUCAGGACGACGGAUCUCAGUGCGCCGCGUGCUGCGUGAAGUGCUGCGUGUGCUGCUUCUGGGGCCUGGAGAAGUUUAUCAGAUACCUGAAUCACAACGCUUACACCGUCAUUGCCAUUGAGAGGAUCAACUUCUGUCCGGCAGCUGGAAUCGCGUGGAAUGCCAUGAUGUCCAAUGCUCUUCAAGUGGCCACAAUCAACGGAAUCGGGGACUUUAUACUCUUUCUAGGAAAACUCGCUGUGGCUGGAGUGUGCGCUCUGGUGGCAAUUCUCAUCCUGAAGGACAGUUCCGAAGUGAGUUUCUACGUAGCGCCGGUCAUCUUUAUCGCAGUAUUUGCUUUCUUCAUCGCCCAUGUCGUGCUGUCGCUCUACGAGAUCGUCGUGGACACGCUGUUUCUGUGCGUGUGUGAGGAUCGCACCAUCAACGGGCACAAUGGGCGCUGGAAGGAGAGCAACCUGGCCAAGCUGUUGGGCGAGGAGCCUAUCGAGCGCCAGGCGGUGGAAGAGCGAAUGCAGGCCACGGAGAUGACGCCCAUCACCAAGGAGCCGUUCAGCUCACACAACGCCUAAGAGAGAUUUCCAUGUCGUGAAUUCGGUGUAUUUAUCUGUCCAGCAUUCCUCAGAGUAUUCCCAUCACGAUUCCCCAAUCAUUUGUCAUCAUCAUUGAAUAUUUAACCUAGGUUUAUUUAAGCAUUUUUAGUCCAACGAUGUUGUAAAGCAACAGUUUUGCUCCUUCGAAUACAGUUUGUAUGCAAAUACAAAAAAAGAGACUUGCAGAGUGAAAUAGAGACAAUUGAGCUUCCAGAGUGACUAAUAUAAAAUCGGGGUUUGCACAAAGAGGCAUUAAAUGCAACGAAACGCAGAAAUACUCAAGCAUAAAAAUACAGAAGUAAGACAGUAAAUCCAGUAAAAUGCUUCCAGUUAUAAUAGAGUUUAACUCCCCAGACCUUUAAGUAAGUAACGCAGCAACAAAUGAACCUGAAUGCAAACCCUGAAUCUAUCAAUCUAAGGACUUGCAAUAGAUCACUUCAACGACCACCAUAUUGGCUGAAAUACUUAACAAAUGAAAAUCAAAAGGUUUUGAACAAUACUUACAAAUGUUGCACACUUUAAUAAUGUUACAUUUUUACUCAAUGUUGAGACAAAGACGAGAAAUAUUUGUAACCUUUUUGUCUUUCAAUGUACACAUUUUAAUAAAGUCAUAUUAUACAAGGA